AGCAGGCAGUCAGGGAUUCCGCUGCGGUGAUAAAUCACCUCAGGGAUCUUGGGUUCAAUAUAAACUGGGCAAAGAGUCGAGUAGAACCCGCACAAUGUACAGAAUACUUGGGUCUCAACAUAAACUCACUCAGUGUCUCUCCCGUUUCCGGGUGGGGACAGCCGUGACGUUCAGGACUCUGUCUGCGCCUACUCGGCCUCAUGGCGUCAGUGAUUUCUGUCGUACAUUUGGGACUCCUAUGGAUGAGGGAUUUUCAGCGCUGGGUCGCGGCGUUGCGCCUGUGCUCACGCCGUCACCUCAGCCGCAGAGUGAAAAUAACGCCAGCUUGUGUGCUGGCGCUCCGCCUGUGGGAGGACCGGACGGCUCUCGCGUCAGGUGUCCCGCUAGGGGCGGUGUCAUCCAGGGUAACCAUGACAACGGACGUGUCCCUGUCAGGUUGGGGAGCGACCAUGUUGGGCAGAACAGUGAAUGGCACCUGGGACCAGAGACUGGCUCAGGCUCACAUAAAUCUCUUGGAGCUUUGGGCAGUGUUUUUUGCACUAAAGCAUUUUCUGCAAUUUCUCCAAGGUCGCCACGUCCUGGUGAAAACAGACAACACCACGGUGGUAGCAUACAUCAACCGCCAGGGCGGGACUCGCUCACUGCAGUUACACAGGUUAGCUCGGAAGAUAAUUAUGUGGAGCAGCUCGAGGCUAAUGUCCCUCCGAGCGACUCAUGUGCCGGGCGUUUUGAACAGGGGCGCAGAUCUCCUGUCCCGGGGAAACCCCCUGUACGGAGAGUGGACUCUCCACCCGCAGGUGGUGGAGCAGGUGUGGCAGAAAUACGGCCGGGCAGCCAUAGAUCUCUUCGCCUCGCAGGAAAACGCUCACUGUCGACUGUUUUUCUCCCUGUCAGACGUAAAUGCACCUCUGGGGGUGGAUGCGCUGGCCCACUUAUGGCCAAACGUGCUGCUCUAUGCAUUCCCCCCUCUCAGCCUGAUCUCCCCCACUCUAGCCAGGGUGAGAGAGCAGGGCUUGUCGCUAAUCCUGAUAGCACCGCGGUGGUCGUCCAAGCACUGGGUAGCAGAAAUAAUUCAGCUUCUAGUGGGCGAACCGUGGCCUCUCCCCAUACGCAGGGAUCUUCUAUCCCAGGCGCGCGGGGAGAUCUACCACCCACACCCAGACCGCAUGGCGCUCUGGGCUUGGCCCGUGAAAGGUGGAACCUGAACGCGGCAGGCCUGCCCGCACAGGUCAUUGACACCAUUCAGAGUGCGAGGGCCUCCUCCACUCGCUCUCUUUACAGUUGUAAGUGGCGGGUUUUUGAGGAGUGGUGCGACUCGAGGCACACCAUUCCUUUUCAGUGUUCGGUGGUUGACCUGCUAUGUUUCCUGCAGGAAUUGGUAA